AUGAGCGAGGCGGGCGAGGCCACCACCUGCGACACCACGCUCCCGCAGGCCGCUGACCCUGCGCCUAAGAGCCCUGCGGCCAGCGGCACGCCCCAGGCCCCGGCGCCAGCCCCGCCCCUCGCGGGGAGCCCUGGCAGAGACGCAGCCCCCGGACCCGCCCCGGCCUCUUCAGCUCCCGUGGGCAGCGAGGACUCGGAGAAGAAAGUUCUUGCCACCAAAGUCCUUGGCACUGUCAAAUGGUUCAAUGUCAGAAAUGGAUAUGGAUUUAUAAACCGAAAUGACACCAAAGAAGAUGUGUUUGUACACCAGACUGCCAUCAAGAAGAAUAAUCCACGCAAGUAUCUGCGCAGUGUGGGGGAGGGAGAAAUUGUAGAGUUUGAUGUGGUUACAGGAAAAGGGGGUCCUAAAGCAACAAAUGUGACUGGCCCAGAUGGAGUUCCAGUAGAAGGGAGCCACUAUGCUGUGUGGCGUAGACCUCCCCAUAAUGCUGGUGAGAUUAGACAGAUGAAAGAUGGAGUCCCCAAGGGAACACAACUCCUGGUCCAUCAGAAUCCAACCUACCGCCUGAGGUUCUGCAGGGGACCCGCUCACCCACGCACGAGCCCAUAUUGUUCCCUACAGGUGUCGAAGGUGAGUGCUUCAACACCUCAGCAAGCUUACUAUAGUGAACCAGGCAGUGACAUAAACAGUCUGAAGAUGUUCAUUCUGAAUUCAGGAGCUAACACCAGAGAAAUUUCCAGGCUAGCAGCUGUGAAUAUGAGUGCUGCCAAGAACGUGGACUACCAGAGCAGAAAGAAGGCGGUAUGA